AUGGUCAACACUAAUCCCUUACUCGUUGCCCUCGGCUCCUCCGUGAUACACGCGGCCACGACCAAACUCCGCGGCAACAGCGGCAUCCAAUGGGGGAAGUGCGACAUUGAGACCCAAGGCCUACCCGUCGAGUGCGCCAGGCUUCCGGUGCCCCUUGACUACUCGAAUGGCUCUUCUGCGGAAACUCUCGACCUCGCCUUGAUACGGUAUCCUGCGCAAAACGGACCUUCACAGGGGACCAUCCUGCUGAACUUCGGCGGCCCUGGCCAGGACGGACUGAACAACAUGAUUAGCUAUGCACCGAUACAAGGGCCUUGGGACCCUCGUGGGACCGGCCAGACCCUUCGAUUUGCCUGUUUCGAACCAGAAGCAGCCGGCUUGGUAUUAGCAAACGAGCUUCCGGACGAGUCCCCUGAGGUGAGACAGAGAGUGUGGGAUCAAGCCGGUUACAUCGCAGGGAACUGCACCGAGCGACUUGGUGAAACGGGAGACCUCGUGGGGAUGGCUUUUACCGCGAGAGAUAUGUUCCGCAUCGUCGAUGCACUCGGCGAAGAUGGCAAACUACGAUACUGGGGUAUCUCAGGGGGUACGACGCUUGGUGCGACGGCAGCUGCCUUGUUCCCUGAUCGGAUUGACAAGGUCAUUCUCGACGGGGUUAUGAACUCUCACCAAUACUACCACAGCAUCGGAGAAACGGAGGCGCUCAUCUCGUCCGAUGAUACCUUAGUGGGGUUUAUCCGCGCCUGCUUCGAUAAUCCCAAAAAGUGCCCCCUGACCGCCGUCGCGAACUCUUCCGACGACGCCCUCAAGGCCAUUGUUGGAGCUUUUGAAGAACUCAAGACAGAACCGCUCCUUAUCCCCGCGGAGAACGCCGAUCCAGUCCCCAUCACCUACUCCAUUGCCAAUUCCCUUACGCUCAGCACCCUCUACCGCCCCAAUUCGUACCAGUUCUUGGCUAGUAUCCUCACGGCCGUCAUCCAGAAAGACACCGACGCGCUCGUGGCUGCUUUCUCGGGCCUGGGUAGCCCCAGCGCUAUCCCACAACAAGCACAGGCCAUCAUGGGAAUUCGCUGUGGCGACAAGAUACCGCGUGAAGACAAGCUCUCGGAUAUCGAGGUAGUGGAGCAACAGUUCCACGAGACCAGCAAGUACUUCCCCGGGUUCGGCGCCGGUUACUACCUCUACGCGUGCGCGCAAUGGAGCUUCAAGGCCAAAGAACGCUAUGAGGGCGACUUCCGCGUCAAGACAUCGUCCCCGCUCCUGUUUAUCGGAAACACAUACGACCCGAUCACGCCGCUCGCAUCCGCUCGGAACAUGAGCGCGGGCUUCGAAGGUUCCGUCGUGCUCCACCAUGACGGGUUCGGGCACACCUCGAUCGCCCAGAGGUCCAACUGCACAAAUGAGGCCAUCGCGAAGUACUUUGCCGAUGGAACACUGCCGAAAAAGGGUACUGUCUGCGCGCCGAACCAACCACUUUUUGCAAACGAUGAGGAGAUUGUGGCCACCAAGUAA